AUGAAGGUCAUUGUCGCGGUAAACGCUGGGUCCAGCUCCGUCAAGCUAUCAGCUUACACUAGAGAGAGCGUCGGAUCGCCUACGGAGAUCGGUAACGCUGAAGUCAGUGCACUUGGCGGAGAGUCCGCUAGGCUCAAGUAUUCUCGGCAUGGCGAAUCCGUCAAGGAUGACAAGGCAGGGAAAGCAGGCGAAUCUCACGAAGCGGCUUUCCGAACCAUGGUGGAUAUUCUCAUCCAAGACUCUCAAUUGCGCCAAGUCCAGAGCAUGGAAGAUAUUGGCUUGAUCUGCCACAGGGUUGUCCACGGCGGUGACUUUGAGGACUGCCAGAUCGUUACGGAGCAAACCUACAAGCAGCUGGAAGAAUUGGUUGACCUGGCUCCGUUACAUAAUGGAAACGCCAUGGGAAUCAUCCGAUGCUGCUUCAACCUGCUUCCCAACAGCAAGAACAUGGCCUGCUUCGAUUCUCAAUUUCACAAGACCAUUCCGAAGCAUAUUGCCACAUACCCCAUUAACCAGGACAUGGCAGCUCGUAAGGGCCUCCGCAAGUAUGGAUUUCACGGGCUCAGCUAUGCGUACAUCGCGAGGCAGACGGCUCUACACCUGGGAAAGGACAUGGACAGAUUGAACAUCAUUGCACUGCAUUUAGGUAGCGGAGCCAGUGCCUGCGCCAUCAAGCACGGCCGUAGUUGGGACACCAGCAUGGGCUUGACGCCGGUGUCUGGCCUCCCCGGCGCGACGCGUAGCGGGAGCAUUGAUCCCAGUCUGGUCUUCCACUAUACCAGCUCUGCGGGUAAGCUGUCGUCCUCCGCCACGGAUGAGCUGCACAUCACCCGCGCCGAGCAGAUUCUCAACUCGGAGAGCGGGUGGCACGCCCUCGCUGGAACAAAGGAUUUCGGCAUAAUCGCCACCUCAAAUGAUACCAAGCACAGGCUUGCUUUUGAUAUAUUUGUCGACCGCAUAUGUGCGUUUGUGGGGAGCUACUAUGUCUCACUGCGUGGUGAUGUGGACGCCUUGGUGUUUGCCGGUGGCAUUGGUGAGAAGAGCUCGCAACUUCGCAGUGCAGUCACGGACGAGUUGGAGUGUUUGGGCUUUAUCCUGGAUAGCGGCGCUAACAGCCAAAGCAUGUCGCGAACCGUUGAAGACAUUAGCGGGCCAGAUGCACAGCACAGAGUCCUGGUGUGCCGGGUUGACGAGCAGCUCGAGAUGGCGAGGCUCUGUAGCCAGUCAACCAACCCAUAG